AUGUCGUCGGCGACAAAAGGUGGUAAAGAGGCAGCGGAGAUGAAGGUUAGUGACAGUAACAUUCACUGGGCUUUAGGGAAGGCGGGGGAAGAUCGGGUACAUGUGGUUGGGGGACUUUUUGUUGGAAUUUAUGAUGGGUUUAAUAGCCCUUAUGCCCCUGAAUUCUUGAUGGGUAUUGAGAUCAGAAGGAGGAGAUUGUGGGAAUUUUUAGCAGAGGAUGACCCAGAGAAAAAGGAUAAUAAGAAAUUGUUUCCAUGGAGAUUUGGAUUGGAAGGGGAAGAGAAACCAAAAGUGGAGGAAAAUAGAGUGGAGGAAGAGAGGAAUAGAGGAAGUGGGAACAGGCGGAAGGUGGGACCGAUUGAUCAUGGGUUGGUUCUAAGGGCAAUGCCGAGGGCUCUGGAAAUAACUGAGCUUGCAUAUUUGGAUAUGACAGAGAAGGUUCUUGAUCGUUAUCCAAAGCUUGCACUCAUGGGUUCUUGA